CGAAGCGGUUACGAUCGUAAACGUCUCCCUCUGGUGGAGGAAGGGCGCAAGCGGGCGGAGGAGUGGCCGCUCGGUUUGUGCCCUUUUUAAGUCAACGCCUGUCAUCUGGCUGGAAUGCGCUCCUCGCGCGCUGCAGCUCUCAGCUCGGCCACGGCGGUCUUAUCUUCUGCCUUAACAUUCCUCCAGACCGCGCACAUUACGGCUUGCGUCGACAGCGCCGCUUGAAAACUUGAGAAUGUCAGACUCCUUAAACUACACACCAUCUCCGCUGCCCUCCAGUGUACCAUCAGUCGCUGGAGAUACAAACGCCACAUUAUGCCUGGACUGGGAGCAGUCUCAUCACCUGCUGUUUCACCUGGCCAACCUGAGCCUUGGUCUGGGUUUCCUCAUCCCCACCACGAUAGCGCUUCAUAUGAUCUUCCUCAGACUGCUGCUGAUGACAGGGUGCUCUUUGUUUAUAGCAUGGGCCACUUUAUAUAGAUGCACACUGGAUGUGAUGGUGUGGAAUGUGGUUUUCCUUCUGGUGAACUUCAUGCAUUUCUUUUUCCUGCUUUAUAAACGCAGACCUAUUAAGAUCGACAGGGAGCUGAAGUCAUUGUACAAGCGCAUGUUCGAGCCCCUGCAUGUACGUGAAGCUCUGUUUCAGAGGCUCACCGGCCAGUUCUGCACCAUCCAGACUUUAAAGAAGGGCCAGGUCUAUGCGGCAGAAGACAAGACCUCUGUUGAUGAACGCCUCAGCAUUCUUCUCAAAGGAAAGAUGAGGGUAUCAUACCGAGGCCAUUUCCUGCACAAUAUUUACACAAAUGCUUUCAUCGACUCUCCAGAAUUUAGAUCGACUCAGAUGAACAGGGGGGAGAGGUUUCAGGUGACAAUCACUGCUGAGGAAAACUGCAAGCUCCUUUGCUGGUCUAGAGAGCGUCUGACUUACUUCCUGGAGUCCGAGUCGUUUCUGAACGAGGUGUUCAGAUACCUCAUUGGCAAAGACGUCACCAAUAAGCUUUACUCUCUCAAUGAUCCAACCCUGAGUGACAAGGCUGUAAAGAAAAUGGACCGCCAGCCAAGCCUGUGUUCUCAGCUGUCUAUGAUGCAGAUGAGGAACAGCAUGGCUAGCACCAGUGACACAGACGAUGUGCUCAACCAGAUCCUGAGAGGGGGGUCAACUGGGUCAUCACUCCAGAAAAAUCCUCUAACAAAAGCACCCACGACUAUGAAGCCAAUUGAAGAAGGAAUGGAAGACGAUGUUUUUGAACCCGAAUCCCCCACUACGUCCCAGAACAUUUCCAGGACCCCCGGAGAAGACAUGUAAAAUACAUUGUAUCACCUCAGGGUCUUCAGACCUCUGUGUUUCACUUCAUGUCCUUCAAAAAAAAAAAAAAAAAACGUAAAAUGAAUUGAACAGGAAAUGAUUCACACUCACCCUCAGAUUAGACUGCUUGGAGCAGACAUGACAGGCGAUAGUGUUAUAGAUUAAAUGCAACAUUUUAAAUGAAUUUGAAAACCAUCUCAUAUAAUAGUUUAUUUUAACUGUAUGCCUUUAAAAGCAUAUCUUUUAAUUUAGCUAUCUGUGCUUAUGAUGUGUGAAACACUAACGCUAAAGUACCAUUUGAUACAUAGUUCAUACAUAUACCACAUCCAUUUCCUUGAGUGUUUUUUAAGUCAUGUUUUCUUGUGUGAUACGUUAACAGUCAGUGAUAUAUUAAAAUGAAUUGUAUUAUUAUAACACAGGUUAUUAUUACAGGGUUUAGCAAUGAUGAAGUGUACACUGGAUUUAUUGAAUGUCCUGUUUGAAGCAUUUCCAUUUCUUCCAAAUGCUUUUCUUUUCUUUUCUUCUCAUGUGACUAUUGUGUGUUUAAAGUCAUAUUGAUACUUGAAAUCACUUUUUUUUUUUUUUAUUAAAGUUUGGCACAUGUGUUUCUUUA